AUGAAUCUCGAACAAUUGCCUAAUGAACUCUUGCUCGAACUGUUCGAAUAUAUGAACAGUGUUCAUCUUCUUCGUGCUUUUUCUCAUCUAAACUUUCGUUUCGACAAUCUUCUCCUUGUCCAUUUUCAAACUCAUGGCCUCGAUUUUCGAUCAAUAUCCAAAGAUGAUUUCGAUAUUAUCUGUCGUCUUAAUCUACCAACAAUGAUCGAACAAAUUAUUGCUUUACGUUUAUCAUACGACGAUGAUACUCCACAUCAAAUUGAUCUCUUUUUCUUUCAAGGUUUUACUCUCAAUCGAUUUAUUCAUUUACAAAUACUUUCAAUCUAUCAUAUCUAUUCGAAUGAAUUAUUAAAAAAAAUUGUCGGACAAUGUCGUCAUCUUUUACAUCUUCAUCGUCUUGAUUUUAUAAAAUGUACAUUCAAAUACCAUCGAAAAACAUUACAUAAUGUCUUGAAUUCAAUUUGGCAUUUAUUGAAAUUAAAAUCUUGUCAUCUUGAUUGGUACAUUUUGUACAAUGAUCGUUUUCCAAUUGCUCGAUAUCGAUCAAAAUCCAUCGAAUAUCUUUCGACUAAACAUAUCAAAUUGAAUAUUACAGAAUUAAUUCGAUUAUUUCGAUCAACAACAAAUCUUCGUUAUUUAGAUAUUUAUGUUUAUUAUUCUUCGAAUAAUAAAUUAUUUUUAUCACCUAUUUUUUCUCUUGUUUCAUUAAAACUUCAUAUUUUUCAAUCAGAUACUAUUCUGAGAAAUCUUAUCAAGAAUUUACCAAAUUUAAUUUAUUUAACAAUUAUUAGUGAACACAUUAAUUUCGAUGGUUAUCAAUGGGAAGAAAUUAUUGUUAGUUAUUUAUCUCAAUUGAAACAAUUUCGAUUUCAAAUGUAUUAUAAUAUUGAUCAUUCAAAUGAUGAACAUUUUGAUAUUGAUCGAAUUCUUCUCUCAUAUCAAACUCCAUUUUGGCUCAUUGAACGAAAAACAUUCGUUCGUAUUCAAUGGAAUACAAAGGAUCAACAUACAUCUUUAUUUGUUUAUACUCUUCCAUAUUAUUUUGAUUUUUUUGCAAUUUAUUGUCGCAAUUUUAGUACUCGAAUGAAAUCAACAUGUUCAUCGGAAACUGACUAUCAAUCAUAUGAUCGAGUAAUAAAAUUAAAUUAUUAUUAUUCACCAUUGAAUAAUUCAUUUCUAUCAAAUAUUCUAUUUCAUAAUAUUCAACAUCUCAAUCUUACACUUCCAUUUGGCGAUCAAUUUUUUUCAAUUCUUCCAUAUUUUGAUCGAAUUAUCUCACUCACAGUAUCCGAUGAUUCUGAAUCUGAUUCGACUAUUGUUUUUCAUCAAUUACAAACACUUCUCGAUCGAAUGAUAAAUUUAUAUUCAUUAACCAUAGGUGGAUGGCAUUCAUCAAUGGUACAAGAAAUACCAUUUUACAUUAGAAAUAAAUCAAUUCGUCAACUUGAUCUUCAACAUUCACAUUAUCCAAGUCGAGAUCGAUGUUUUAAUCAACAACAAUGUAUUGCAUUUCUUCGAUCAACAUUUGCCGGUCAAUGUCAAGUUUUAUCCAUUGUUCUCGAUCAUCGAAAAUAUAUAUUUGAUUUAAUUGAACAUAUGCCCAAUUUACGUGCAUUGAAAGUCGAAUGUGAACUUGAUCAGUCGAAUAACGAUAAACCAAAUACGAAUGAACUUGCUCAAUGGAUGGUAUCUAAUUUUUCACCUUUUUUUGUCGAAGAUGUGUCUCGAAAUGAAAUGAUUCGAUUGUGGAUUCGUUAA